AUGCAGUUGUCCGAAAACCGACGCAGUUUACGGAAUACUCUGGACACCUGGUACGCUGUGACGUUCAAUGGUACUGACGAUGACCGGGACUACACCUACGCUGUAGAGCAUGACGUAAAGUUCUAUGCCAAAGGAGCCGACAAGUGUGCGCUACUCGCUCCUAUCUUGCGACCGGCUGCUGUAAUCAAUCUGGACGAUUUGGACUGCCCACCGUUCCGUUACCUGUCCAAUGAUCGCCCCAGCAAGUACAACAAACCUGCCGCCUACGCAAAAUGGCUGACCGAAGUAUAUUUAAGCAAGGAUCCGACGAUCUGCCCCAGUUGCAUGAUGGCUUUGCCCACCCGCAAAACCCAGUUGACUAAGCAUGAAUGCGAAUGUGGAAACGAUUAUUGGCGCGACAGUCAAGGUGACGAAUGUUGUGGUGACUGCGGAGUUAAGCUGCACGCUAAACCUACCGGACCUGGAGCGGAAACUACCGAUGGCCCAGUAUCUACCACAUAGAUUUUCCGGAUUGCUCCUGCGGAC